AUGCUUUUCUUUCCAAGCAAGCAGCGUUUUAAUCGGAAAAAGCAUGAAAUAGAAUCGUACGUGGUACGAAUUUAUCGGCACAAUCUGAUCAAGGACGGAGGCAUCAUCAAACGGAAACUACGCGAGAAACUUUUCGAAGAGAUAAAACUGUGCCGCAACACUCGUGUCAAAAUAGACGAGUUGGGCUGGAUGCUGAUGAACCACGAUUUGAUAACACGUAAUGAGCCAAUCCAACAGCAUGCCAAUGUUAAUCGACCAAAUCAUUUUAAAUUCAACAUGGAGCGGUUGCGAAACCUACUGGAGCAGCACGAACAGAACAACCACGCUGAGUUGACUUCCGAAAAGCAAAACAAAUUCCUGCGUAUGCUGGAUGCAAUUUUACAAAACGACAAAGUUUUGAAGGAAAUUAAAGAGAUGGUAGUGGCGAAUCGACUUCUAUCGGAAAUUCGUUAUGUGACUGCGGUGGAACGUGUGCUGAAACACAAUUUGGACUUUGCGCUGCUGCUUUGUAUGCCGAGAGUAUUUCCGCACUGCCGAUGAGUAUACCAGUCAUUUCGAAAAAUUGCACGGUGAGAAAUUUCUUAUUGUUGCGGCGGUGGAUCGAUUUCAGACUAGUCAAAAGUUCAACGUUCUACAUCACUACAAUGCCCUUAAUCCGGUGACAAAAUUCACGAUUUGCAACGU